AUAUCUGGCCAUCAGAACCGGAAGAAGGUGUCGGUGUCUUACGUGAUUCGCGAUGAGGUGGAGAAGUAUCACCGGUCGGGCGUCAACUCACUUCAGUUGGACCCGCACUCCGGGCGACUGUAUAGCGCCGGUCGGGACUCAAUCAUCCGGAUCUGGAAUACGAGACAACAGACCAGUUCUCCGUACGUGUUAUCUAUGGAACACCACACCGAUUGGUGCAACGAUAUCAUCCUGUGCUGCGGCGGUAAGAACUUGAUCUCCGCCUCGAGUGACACCACCGUAAAGGUGUGGAACGCCUACAAAGGCUUCUGUAUGUCCACAUUGAGGACACACAAAGACUAUGUCAAGUGUCUGGCGUACGCCCGCGACAAGGAACAGGUGGCCAGCGCUGGCCUCGACCGAGCGAUCUUCCUGUGGGACGUGAAUACGUUGACAGCGCUCACGGCGUCCAACAAUACGGUGACCACAUCGUCGCUGACCGGCAAUAAGGACAGUAUCUACUCGUUGGCGAUGAACACCGCCGGCACUGUCAUAGUGUCCGGCAGUACCGAAAAGGUGCUCCGCGUAUGGGAUCCCCGCAGUUGCCAGAAGUUGAUGAAACUGAAGGGACACACGGAUAACGUGCGGGCGAUUGUGGUGAGCCGUGACGGCACUCAGUGUUUGUCGGCCAGCAGUGACGGCACUAUAAGGCUGUGGUCGCUCGGCCAACAGCGCUGUGUGGCCACAAUGCGAGUGCACGACGAGGGCGUUUGGGCCCUACAGACCAACGACGCGUUCACUACCGUGUAUUCGGGCGGACGCGACCGCCGAGUGCUGAUGACUGAUCUCCGCAAUCCCGACAAUAGGGCCGUCAUAUGCGUGGAGUCGGCGCCCAUACUUAAGAUGAUAUUAACGCCGCCCGACUAUAACAGCAUUUGGGUGGCGACCACCGACUCGUCCAUCAAGAACUGGUCGUUAAAUCACAGCAAACAUAAGGGAAGUUUCAGCAAUUGGGAGGAUUACGACACCGACGGACCGCCCAUUAACGAGACGGAAGAGUACCGAAUCCGUGGCAAUCCCUCCAUCAGGAGCUUUACUGUACUGAAUGACAAGCGAUUCAUUCUGACCAAAGACACGGAAAAUAAGGUCGCGGUCUAUGAUGUGCUGAAAGCGGCUGUUGUGGAAGACCUCGGCUGUGAUGUGGACUUCGAGGCCGAAGUGAAGAAACGAUUCAAAAUGGUUUACGUUCCCAAUUGGUUCGCCGUCGACCUCAAGACCGGAAUGUUGGCCAUACAUCUGGAAGAGCCCGACUGUUUCGCCGCGUGGGUGUCCGCCAAAGAGUUCGGCUUUUACAGCGAGAACGACAAUCCGGACCCGAAGAUCAAUUUGGGCGGACUUCUGCUGCAGGCGCUGCUCGAGCACUGGCCACAGAUCUACACCAACGACGAAGAUCUCGAACAGCAAAACGGAGGCCACAGCCAAAUGAACGGACAGGCGGUCAACUCGUUUGACGGGUCGGCUAAACAGCCCAAACCGGUGCCGGCGGUAGAGACGGGUGCGGCGAACAGCGUCGGCCUGCGACCGGUGAACCAAUACUUUUCUGUGCCACUGCACACACCCGUGAUAUUCAGCGAAGGGGGCAAUCGGACACUGUUGAGGCUACUGGUGUGCGACGCCCGCCGGGACACGGAGGACGUGCUGCUGCAGGAGACGGUGCCGCCGUGGGUGGUGGACGUGGUGGUCAACAAGAAUAUGCCCAAGUUCAAUAAGAUCCCGUUCUACCUGUUGCCGCACCUCUCGUCGGGCAUCAAACCGGUGCGCAAAGAGCGCCUGUCGGCCAGUGAUAUGCUUCAGGUGCGCAAAGUUAUUGAACACGUCUACGAGAAGAUGUUGGGCACUAAUAGCGAGUCCGGCGGCGGCGGCACUCGUCGGCGCCUGUCGGCCAGUGAUAUGCUUCAGGUGCGCAAAGUUAUUGAACACGUCUACGAGAAGAUGUUGGGCACUAAUAGCGAGUCCGGCGGCGGCGGCGGCUCAGCCAACGUGGCGGCGCCCUCGACGGGUGCGAGCAGUGCCGCCACUAACGGCCACAGUAGUAGUAGCGCCGCCGUUGGCCCGACGGCUACCGGUUCUACCGGCAAAGGCAGUGAUAAUUAUAACAAUUCGGGCGCCGAUCGCGACGAAGAACGGCUGUCCAUAGCGGAGGAGAAGGUGGAGCUGUCGUGUCAAGACAUGCCUCUCGACCCGAACCUCGACCUGAGGACAGUUCGGCACUUUAUAUGGAAAAGUGGCGGCGAUUUAGUGCUACACUAUAAGCCGCUUAAGUGA